UUUAGUGAUGAAGUUGAACAACUAACAGAGACAUGUCCCAUAAACAACAAAUGGCAAUGGCCCAGCAAGAGGCAAUGGCCCUGAGUAUGCAAAAUAUGAGAGAAUACAUGAUGUUGUAUAACAACUUGACAGAGAGGUGCUUUUGGAGCUGUGCAGUUCUACAACAUGACAAUAGACUAUCACCACAGGAGAAAAGUUGUGUAGAAAACUGCACUGACAGAUAUGUAUCCUACAACCAGAGACUGAUGCCAACAUUUGCACAGAACUACCAGGAGAGAAUGAAGGCAGCUGAAAAGGCAGCAUUAGAACAAAUGGAAAAAGCAAAACAAAAUGAAGCAAAUGAAGUCAAAGAGCAGACAACUCCGCAGAGCUGACACAAUCAUUUUAUUUCAUAUACAUUUGACUUUUUUACCAUUCAAGUAACUGUUAGAAGACAUAGAUUGUACUUCUUAAUCCCCUAAUUUAGUAUUGAGUAAUGGGAUUGAACGGAGUACACUAAGUAAUAUACAUAGUAUACAAAUCACUCCAGAAGAGGCAUUAUGUAUCAUUUCUACUGCAUGUGCACUUAAUGUUCAUCAGAGUAUAAAAUAUGUAUUUAUUUUGUCUUCAUCAAAUUUUGUUUUGUGUAUAUAUUAUUGUUUGAUUCACAAACAAUAAAUGAAUGUAGAGGUUACACCAGUUAUAGUGAUCUGCUUUCAAAUAGCAUUUGUCGUUAUUGUCUGUUCUUUGGUCAGUCUUGUAGUAGUGCUAAUUCAACACACUAGCCAACAUAAUGAUACACUUCAUCCACCAUUGGAUAGAGAUAAGAAAAUAAUGAUACACUUCAUCCACC